AGCAGUUUGUCAGAGCUAACUACUAACCUGCAGUCAUAGCUUGAAAUGAUGCAUGUAUCGAUAUCGCCUUCCAAAUUUCAUCCACAAAACUCAAACCGGCGGCAAGUACGGGAUUCCCGAUUCCCGACGCACUUUAAGACUCCGAUAUUCUCCGAUUCAACUACCAUCGGCAGCUGUCUGAUUACGUACUCCUCCUCAUAUUUUUUCUUUGCGCGUCGAGUUCAGGAUGGCGACGAUACAGACGAACCCGUUACCGAAGACUUACACGGCUCCCGAUGCUCCAGUGUCGCAACUCUCAUCCUUCAAAAAACGACGGCUCUUGCCCGCAGGCCCCGCAUUCAUCGAACAUCUUCGAUUAACCAUUCACCAUCAAGGUUCCUUCUUGAAGCACGAUUUCCACAAUGAGAAAAAACGUCAACGACUUGAAGAGCUCAAAGGCGCGUCUUCAAAUGGCGAAGACGAUUUGGGCGUUGGCGAUGAACCGGAAACGGAAGAGCUCUUGGCGCUAGAUCCCAAAGAGUGGAAGAAACAAGAUCAUUAUGCCGUGCUGGGACUUUCUCAUCUUAGGUUCAAAGCUAUGCCUGAACAAAUCAAGAUUGCUCACCGAAAGAAGGUCUUAAAACAUCACCCUGACAAGAAAGUCACGAUGUCGACUCCGCCGAGUACCACCUCUCUCCUCACCGGAAUCAAUCUCAACACCAACGAUGAUGCCUUUUUCAAAUGCAUCCAAAAAGCCCACGAGGUCCUCACUAACCCUGAGAAGCGCAGACAAUUCGAUUCCGCCGAUCCCCAGCUGCUGGAGGAACUGGAAGAAGACCUCCCUACGGCACAGUCGAUGAAGGCAAACAAGCAGGACUUCAUCCAAGCUUUCACGCCCAUUUUCGAGCGGGAGGCCAGGUUUUCGAAGAAACAGCCAGUACCUAUGCUUGGCAGCAUCGACGCCAACAAGCAACAUGUGGAAAGCUUCUACGAUUUCUGGUACAACUUUGAUAGUUGGCGGAGUUUCGAAUGGUAUGACAAGGAGGUCAAUGAAGGCAGUGACAGCCGUGAUGAUAAGCGCUAUACCGAAAAGAAGAACAAGAGUGAGCGUGCUAGGCGCAAGAAAGAAGACAUCGCUCGUGUGAGGAAAAUAGUUGAUCAUACUCUGAGUUUGGAUCCUCGCAUCAAGCGCAUCAAACAAGAAGAGAAAGAAGCAAAAGAAUUGAAGAAGGCCGCAAGGUCUGCUCCAGCAUCAGGAGCGAACACGCCUAAAGGGAAGAAUAAGGCCGAAGAAGAGGCGGAAAAGAAGAAGAAAGAGGAGGAGGAGAAGGCUGCUAGGGCUGAGGCGAAGAAGCAGAAGGCUGCUGCUGCCAACGCUGCCAAAAAAGCCCGGAGACUGCAAAGAGCUGCAGAGGCAGAGGCGGGCGCGGCAUAAGUUUGUUCAUACCCCCGGGAAUAUAUGAUAGUUGUGCACCACAUGUACGGGCUCGGGCUUAGCCAACGUCUAAAUUUUGCUGCUACGUACGAUGCUGUAGAGAUGGCGCCGAAGCCAUGCCUAAUCAAUCGGUGCUUUCGUUGAUGAUACAAUCCCUCAAUUGGUGAAGAUGACUUAGUAUCAUGCGAAUGGUUUGCAUGAUAACUUUGAAGGCCUUUCACUAUCUACUAAAGCAAGCUAUAUACCACUCUCGUUUUCCCUAAUACGAUGAUCCAUGAGGCCUUGAGGAUCAAUCCUAGGAUGUCGCAACUCGAUAUACUCUUCCACCAACUUGUACGCCAAGACGUUGCGGAUAAAGACGUCUUGGCUUUCA